AUGUUCUUGUCAUCUCCCGUCUCCAUCGCCACGGCGGCUGCCGGCAACCUCGUUGGCACCGGUCACAUUGACAAGGCCGCCAUUAUCAGCAUCGCUGGCGACAGCACGUGGGCGUCGACCGCUGGCUUCACGCUUGCCGCCAACGAGAUGAAGGCCAUCUCCGACAUUGUUAAGGGAGAUGCCAGUGCCAAGGACAAGGCCUUCGCUGAUGGUCUGUACAUCGCCGGAGACAGAUUCGUCAUGGCCCGCGCGGAGGAUGGCACCAUCUACGCACGAAAGGGACGUGAUGGCAUCGCCAUCGCCAAGACCAACCAGGCCAUCCUCGUCGGUCAUCACAACGAGAACCAGCAGGGCGGCAACGCCAACCAGGCGGUGCAGAAGCUCGCAGACUACUUGGUCGGUGUCAACUACUAA